AUGGCCACAUCUUUGACUAAGCACCAAAAGCGCGAAGAAUACCGCCGUCAGAUCCAGGAGCAGAAUCAAACGAAUGAAGGCGAACCUGUGACCGUCAAGAUGCCGCAGAAGAGAUUCUUCCGGCAGCGCGCGCACGCAAAUCCCUUCUCUGACCACAAGCUGGACUAUCCCUUGAGCCCUGCACAUAUGGACUGGGCGUCGCAUUAUCCUGCAUUUGUGAAUGCCGAUCCUUCGAAGAUAAACCUCGGUGGCUCGCGGCAAUUGACUAAGGAUGUUGAGAUAGUGGACAUUGGGUGUGGAUUCGGAGGGUUACUUGUUGGAUUGGCGCCUUUGCUGCCGGACACCUUGAUGGUUGGUAUGGAAAUCCGUAUCUCAGUGCUCGACUAUGUCCGCUCGCGCAUCCAGGCUCUGCGCCUGCAACAGCAAAACCUUAAAGCGAUCGCGGCGUCAACCAACACAAGCCAGGCCACCUCAGACGCCUCGGCGCCCGCACCAGCUGAAGAGGACGAGGAGGUUGGCUCGACGACAACUAUUGUUCCGGGAAAUUAUGAAAACAUCUCCGGCAUCCGCGCCAACACGAUGAAAUUCCUCCCCAACUUUUUCGGCCACCAUCAGCUCUCCAAGAUCUUCGUCUGUUUCCCUGACCCGCACUUCAAGGCACGCAAGCACAAAGCCCGAAUUAUCUCGGAGUCUCUGAAUACCGAAUAUGCUUACGUCUUACGGCCCGGAGGUCUGUUGUAUACCAUCACCGAUGUUGAAGAAUACCACCAUUGGGUUCUGCGGCAUUUCCAGUACCAAGAGGAGGAGAAUACUUCUUUGGGUAGUAUCAAAGAUCUUUGGGAGCGGGUCUCCGACGAGGAGCUGGAAUCCGAUCCUUGUGUCCAGGUGAUGAAGUUUGAGACUGAAGAGUCGAAGAAAGUUACGCGGAACAACGGGAACAAGUACGUGGCCGUGUUCCGACGCAGGGCGGAUCCAGAAUGGCCUGCUUAA